GCGGCAUUACGCUCAAGAGACGCUCUUUUGUUUUGGCUGGACUCGCUAACUGCAGGGGUGCUUGAACCGCGCUGCCGCGCCUUUAACCUGUCCCACAGGAUUGCUAUGGCGGCGCAGGUUCAAGACAAGGUCGUCUACAAUUCGCCGCAGCAAUUUCCGGAAGGCAUUGACUGGGAUGCAAAGAAUGGGCGCUUCCUUGUAGGAUCAGUGCUGAAGGGAAACAUCCUGGCGAUUUAUCCUGAUGGUACCACAAAGGAAGUUGUCAAGGAUGAAGAGUAUUCCGGGUGCGCAACUUUGGGUCUCCAAGUUGACUUGCCCAGGAACCGCUUCGUCGUGACUGUGCACAGCAAUAACCCGGCGGCGCCUUAUGAUGGAGUGGCCGCGUAUGACCUUGACAGCGGCAAGCGCCAGUUUUUGACCAAGCUCUCAGACGUGCCGGUGGAAACCCCUCCCGUGAAUCUGCCGAUCUUUGCCAACGACUCCGCUGUUGACGCCGCGACGGGAGAGGUGUAUAUCACGGACACACAGCGCAGCCUUCUCUGGAAGACGGACGCAGACGGCAGCAACCCGCGGCUCUUCUCCGGGGACCCCCUCUUCGCCGCCUUCCCCAAAGUCUACUUCGGGCCGUUCGAUUUUGGGCUCAACGGUCUGGUCGUUCACCAGGACGGGUACAUCAUAACAACCCACGUGGGAGCUGGCGUCGCAUACAAAGUUCCAUUGGAUGGGUCCCCCGUCAAGAAGGUCGAGAUCGACGGGCUCUUCCCCGGAGCAGACGGAAUCCGGUUCCGCCCCGAUGGGCGCCUCGUGGUGACCUCCGAUGAGUGCGUGUACCUGGUGGAAAGCACCGACGGCUGGGAGACAGCCAAGAUUCUCGACAAAGUGCCCCAGGACCCCAGCAUCUCCACGACAGCGGUCGCCAUACGAGAUGGGCGAGCGUACAUCAACUACGCCUUUUUCGCCGAGGCGUUCGGUGGGAAGGAGCGCUCGGAAUUCUUCCUUCAAACGGCUGAUUUUCGAGUCGACAAGUAAUCAGAGUACCAGCUAACAAGAGCGGAGGCGAAUUGAGUUGCCGAGCUGUGCCGGGACAUAUUGUUCCAUGAUGAUAAUUAUCGAUAGAGGAUGUAUUUGUGAAAAUACGAUACAGCCAUUCUUUGCAACCACACUCGGAGUUGGCAGGCACGACAAUCUCGAGCUUGGAGUAGCUGACUGUCACAUGACCGCCAAAGACAACAGAUAUCGACUACUGACUCUCAUGCAGUAUACUUCAGUCUAUGAUUACGUUGUACGUUGUGUACAUAGAACGAUUCAUUGAUCUGAUUAUAGACACGAGUAAAACGAAAUCAGCCGGCGUGCUGCCGGCCACUUGAAUUGUAUAUGGAAGCGCAUAGGGUGACAGGCGGC